AUGGAAAAUCAAGAACCGACUUACGAUGGAGAAAGCGAAACUAAUUCAAAUGUUUCCGCAGAAUUACAAGAAAAAGUUAGAAUUUUGUUUAACCAACUCGCUAUACGUGAGGCGAUUCAACCGUCAUCUACGUCAAGUAAUUCACAAAAGGUAAAAGAAAUGAGCUCUCACAAAUUUUGGAGCACCCAACCGGUUCCAAAACAUGGUGAAACUGUUGAAAAAGAUGGCCCAAUAGAGGGGAACACUCCUUAUGAAAAAAUUCGUAAAGAACCAUAUCCUUUACCAAAAGAAUUUGAAUGGGUAACUUUGGAUCUGGAUAAUGAGAAUGAGCUAAGUGAACUCUAUAUUCUCUUGACAAAUAAUUAUGUCGAAGAUGAUGAUGCAAUGUUCCGUUUUGAUUAUUCCGGAGAAUUUUUGAACUGGGCUCUUAAACCACCAGGUUAUAAGAAAAUUUGGCACGUUGGUGUUCGCGUUAGUGCUACCAAGCGUCUUGUUGCCUUUGUCAGUGGUAUUCCAGCUGACAUUCGGAUUUAUGAUUCCCAUCAGCAUCUUGUCGAAAUCAACUUUCUUUGUGUUCACAAAAAACUUCGGAGCAAAAGAUUGGCACCCGUGUUAAUUAAAGAAAUUACAAGACGCUCUCAUCUUGAAGGAAUAUUUCAAGCAGUUUAUACAGCCGGUGUUGUUUUACCUAGACCUAUUUCCAAAGCUCGGUAUUUUCACCGUUCACUUAAUCCUAAAAAAUUGAUUGAAACAAAUUUUUCACGUUUACCAUUAAACACUCCGAUGUCACGUCUAAUUAAGAAAUUUAAAUUACCAUCUGAGACAUCAACACCUGGGAUUAGACCAAUGUUAGAAAAAGAUAUUCCUGCAGUUCGAGUAUUAUUAAAUAAAUAUAUGAAUAAAUUUGAUUUUGUUGCAGUUUUUAAAACUGAUGAAGAUGUAAAACAUUGGAUUUUAACAAAAGAGAAUGUCAUUUGGUCUUACGUUGUUGAGAACCCUACUACAAAAAAAGUGACAGAUUUCUUUUCCUUUUAUUAUUUGCCUUCUUCUGUUAUUGGAAAUCCAACACAUAAAACUAUAAAUGCCGUAUAUCUGUUUUAUUAUGCUAUUCAGGAAACUGAAGAAAAAGCAUCAAAAAGUAAAUUAAAAAUACUAAUUAAAGAUGCAUUAAUCUUGGCAAAAUUGAAAAAUGUAGAUGUUUUUAAUUGCCUUGAUCUAUUGGAAAACAAAUCAUUCAUUGAUGAACUUAAAUUUGGACCAGGUGAUGGAUAUUUAAAUUAUUAUAUGUAUAAUUGGCGUUGCAGAGAAAUGGGAAGUGAAAAA